UCCUGAGCUAGAGACCCUAGUGCAAGAAUUCCGCAUUGCGUUGCAAACACAAGUAGAGGACAUUGAAUUAGUCCAGAAAAAACAUGUUGUCAAGAGGACCAUUCAAGCGCCUGAUAUAACACAGCAAAUAACGAAUAUGAAAAGUUGCCUAAAUGAUUCUAUUCGUCGAUUCCAGCUAAGGAUAUCGACUUUAACCUUGCUUCGCACUGAGCGUUUAUCGAUUCAUUCUGAGCUAUCGAGACUCAAGCGGGCCCCAGCCGAGCACACUUGUGUGACGAGCAAAUCAGAGUGUCUUCCAGGCACACGCGUCAAGAUACAAGAAUCCCUAAUCAAACACCUAAGGGAAGGCGAGAACCGGUUUGUCUGGCUACGGGGGUCUCCUGGGACGGGAAAGACUGCGAUCUCUAUGAGUGUCGCGUCCACUUUUGAGAAAGAGGGCACUCUGGCGGCAUCAUACUUUUGGGACAAGAACCAAACAGGAUCGGGCCUGGAUUCUAUCGAACUCUUCCCCACUACUCUUGCCCGCCAACUUGCAUCCUUUAACGAGGACUUUAAAUUUUCGCUCGUCAAACACCUUCGGAGACCGGCCUUGGACUCUGUUCAGCAUUUCCCUCUGCAACGACAAAUUAAUACUCUGAUAAUCGAGCCGAUGCGUGACUUGAAGGACAUAUGGUCUUUGGGCAAGGAUCGUGUUGUUAUCGUCCUGGAUGGCCUUGAUGAGUGCGGGGACCAGGAGAGACUCGAGUCACUGAUGGAACUAGUGCUUGCCUUUCAGGAGCUGCCACCGAUAUUUUCUGUGCUAGUUAGUUGUCGUCCUGAGCCAGGAGUCAUUUCAGCUUGGGAUAAAGCUCGGGCCAAGGGUCAUGUCAUACUAUGUGAAGAUCUGGACAAGGUUGUAGUGGAAGAAACUUUCCAAACAGUCCGCUGUAUGGUGGAAGAAGGCCUUCAGCACCUCUUUGACAAAUAUUCAUGGAGGCCAGAGGAGGAGGAACUCGACGCUUUCGCUUGGGCUUGUCGUGGGUUGCCUAUUAUGGCAUCUAUCCGUGUUCGUUAUGUCUACCAGCAGAGUAGACAUGGUCGCACCCUGCAAUUGGUGUUCAAGGACUUGCUUAACCACCAUAAACUGCCUGCCAACCUCAAGGAGGAGUACUUGCGGAUACUUCGUCAAGCCUAUAUGCCGGAUUCAUCUGAAAUUCACCCAGAUGUAGCUGAGAAGUAUCACUUAGUGGUUGGCGUGAUUGUCGCGGCGCAUGAGCCGAUGAACGUCUCUUUUAUGUCACAGCUUUUCAACAUUGGCGAAGAUGAGAUCCGUGCGACAUUGGAACCAAUCAGCUCCAUCGUCAAUCUUCCCUUAGAGAACACAGAGGAUGUCACCUUAUAUCAUGCAACGGCAAAAGAAUUUAUCGUGGGGGAACCAAUUGGUGAUAAGAAGGACAAAGUAUUCUUCAUUGAUGAUGUGAAAGGGUAUUUCAUGGGAGUGCCGCUCCUUCGACUCUUCAUCAAUUAUUGUGAGCAGGAUGCAUUUGGAAUACCUACGAAUCCCCCUUUAGGAGGCAAAAGAAUAUGGAAGGAAUUUAUGGAGAAAAAGGAAGUUCAUCGCUGGCGCUUCUCCUAUUUUAUUAAACACUUACUCGACCACUUGGACCCUUCGCAACUUUUUUCACAAGAGUCCAAUGAAUUGCAGAACGAGUUUAAUUCCUUCAUCACCCAACAAUACGUCCUGACUUUCAUGCACCUGCAAAAUGAUUACGGGACGUUUGGGCUAUUUCCUGAUGAGUUAUUUCAAUCCAGUAAUCACAAUUCAAUCCAACUUUUGAGGUGUUUGGAUGAGCUAGCUUCCACUGCUGCAGCUGCACCAUGGCGUCUCUAUCGAUCAAAGCUUCCUUUCACCCCACCCUCAUCACCCCUUUACAAACAAUAUGGCCAUCUCACUGAUCCUGUCUGGAUCUUCUCCACUUUCGGCGAGUUCUCUGGUAGCACCAUCCCAUUAAGCAAGGAUUUGCUUAGGGCCCAGGCAAACUGAAUUCCAUGAACCCGAUGUUCGCAAUGGCACUGUGACAUGUGCUGCACUCUCCUUCGAUGGUCGCUAUGUUGCACUUGGAUUUGGCAGCGGAAUUAUCGAAGUGGCUGAUAUUG